CGAAGCAUCUUCCUCCGCAUCCCCAGCGCCAUCCCUCUCCUCCCUCGGCGAAGGAUCAUCACACCCAACCUCCCCCUCGGCCACGUCUGCUGACCUCCCGCCCUCGCCCACAGCAAAGACGCUCUCCUUGUCCCCAUCGGAAAGGGAAGAAGAGGGCAAGCGACUCAAGGAUGAGGGCAACAAGCUCUUCCUCGCAGCAGACUUUGAGUCCGCCAAGGUCAAGUACGGAGAGUCGCUAGCUGCGGACCCAUCCUCCCACAUCGUCUGGUCUAAUAGAGCUGCAUGUGAACUCAAGCUGGAGCAGCACGGUCUAGCAAUUGAAGACGCCACCAAGGCCAUCUCACUCAACCCCGCAUUCUCCAAAGCAUACUACAGGCGAGCCUCGGCCUACAUGUCCAUCUUGCAGCCAAAGAAGGCCCUCACCGACCUGCAGCAGAUCCUCAAAUUAGAGCCUUCCAACCGACAGAUUCUUCUUCAAGCUCAGGAGACGCAGAAGCUGAUCCGAAAACUCGCCUUUGCAGAAGCCAUUCGUGUCGAAGACGGUCCCAGCGUUGCUGAUUCCAUAGAGGAACAGCUCAAGUCCGGAUCAGCGGGCACACUGGUCAGCAAAGACUACAAGGGCCCCCACUUGCCUGCAGGCCCCGAGGGCCAAGAACAUUUGGGAAGCAUCACAGAAGACUUCAUCAAUGAAAUGAUCGAAUUCUUCAAAAAGGAGGGUAGAUUACCCGUAAAGUACGUCUGGCAGAUCUUGCUGGGCGCCAACAGGGCCUUCCUCGCAGAAGACAGCCUGGUGGAGCAUACCGUAGAGGAAGACGCCACAAUAGACGUCAUUGGCGAUACUCAUGGACAGCUAUUCGACUUCCUCAACCUACUAUCAAAGACUGGACGGCCCAGUGAAAAGCAUGCUUUGCUGUUCAACGGAGAUCUCGUCGACAGAGGCAGCUACGGACUUGAAAUUAUCCUCAUCACCUUUGCAUACAAGUGGCUUUAUCCUAACAGGACCCGGUUGAACCGCGGCAACCAUGAAGCUCGCAGCUUGAACGGGAUGUACGGCUUUGAAGCGGAAACCAAGGAGAAGUACAAGGGCGAUACGACCUUCAAGCUCUUCUCUGAAGUCUUCGAGUCUAUGCCUCUGGCAACGCUGAUCAGUGCUACUCAGAAGCCCGCACCGACCGAGUCUCUGCCUUGGGACGCGAGCCCGGCACAGACGUCGCCGAUCCUCUCCAAAGACGGUCGCAAGCGGUUCUUGGUCGUGCACGGCGGCCUGUUCUCCAAAGACGGUGUGACGCUAGACGACAUCAAGGCCAUUCCUCGGACAAAGCUGAAGCAGCCUGGACAGUCCGGUCUCAUGAUGGAGAUCCUGUGGGCAGACCCAUGUGCUGCGAAUGGCCGAGCACCCAGCAAGCGUGGAGUAGGCACAGGUUUCGGACCAGGUGAGACGAAUCUUCUGGAGAUUUCAGACGACGAAAGAGACCUUCUGACCUCGCAUUUGCUACACAGACGUUACGAGGGCAUUCUGCGAGUUGAAUGGAGUGACUGCCCUCCUGCGCUCCCACGAGAUGCGACAAGAAGGCUACACAGAGGAGCACGACGGACUAUGUGUUACCAUCUUCUCCGCUCCUGCCUACUGUGGAGUUGGAGACAACAAGGGUGCCUUUGCAAGAAUCGAUGCGCAGGGCACCAUGCGCUUCACCAGGUACGAGGCCGUGCCGCCCCAGGGAGUCAAGCCGAUGGCAUACACCAAGAACCUUGGUGGUAUGCUG